CAUAUUCCUCUGAAACCCACAAGGGACAAGAAAGCAAUGAAGACAAAAGCUACUUGUUUGAACUGUCACACACUUCUGCAGACACAUACAAGAAAUCAGACAUGGAAAAGUCCUUCAAGACAACAACUGCUUUAAUUCCAUUUGACUCACAAUCUUAGCAUUAGGACAAUUAAUGGAACAAGUAGCAUUUGAACUGCUGCAGAUUGAUUUGGACAAAUAUUUGUUGGCAGCAAUGGUUCAAGAGGAGGGAUCUUCCUCACUAAGCUCGUCGCCUCUGCAUAUGUUCUCCCUCAUGUCUCUUUCACCUGGUUUAGGAUCGCCGUUUCCUUGGCUCAGAGAGAUGGGGUCUGAGGAGAGAGGUUUGUGUUUGAUCCAUCUUCUUCUUGUUUGUGCCAAUCAUGUUGCUGCUGGAAGCAUCGAGAACGCCAAUAUAUGCCUGGAAUGUAUUUCACAUCUUGCCUCUCCUGCUGGUGAUACAAUGCAAAGGAUUGCGGCAUACUUCACUGAAGCUCUUGCUGAUCGAAUACUUAAAGGUUGGCCGGGACUGCAUAAGGCCCUCAAUUCCACGAAAACGACUUCUGUUGCUGAGGAAAUUCUAGUUCACAAGUUGUUUUAUGAAUUCUGUCCCUUUCUAAAGCUCUCAUAUGUUAUCACUAACCAGGCAAUUCUUGAAGCAAUGGAAGGGGAGAAAGUGGUUCACAUUAUUGAUCUCAAUUGUUUUGAGCCCACUCAGUGGAUUAGCCUUCUUCGGGCAUUGAGUGCACGGCCUGAUGGACCACCUCAUGUGAGAAUCACAGGUGUCCAUGAGCAGAACGAGGUGUUGGAUCAGAUGGCACAUCGGUUAAACGAAGAAGCUGAAAAGUUAGAUAUCCUGUUUCAAUUUAAUCCUAUAGUUUCAAAAUUGGAGAACCUUGAUGUUAAGAGCUUAUGCGUCAAAACUGGAGAAGCUGUUGCGGUCAGCUCUGUACUUCAGCUACAUUCUCUUUUAGCUGUCAAUCAUGAAAUGACUCAAAUGGAUUCACCCUAUUUAAGUAAGAGUCCCUGUACAUUGCAACGAGUCCUGCAGACGAAUCCAUGCACUUUAGGUGAAUUUCUGGAGAAGGAUGUGAUUAAUGCUUGCAGUGCCAGCCCUGAUUCUGCAUCAUCCUCACCGAUAUAUUCUGCCCCUUCACCUAAAAUGACGAGUUUUCUAUAUGCCCUUUGUGGUCUUUCACCCAAUCUAAUGGUGGUGACUGAGCAAGAAUCGAACCACAACGGAUUCAACUUGACUGAUAGAAUCACAGAAGCAUUAAACUUUUAUGCAGCUCUCUUUGAUUGCUUGGAGUCUACCAUGCCAAGAGCAUCCAUAGAACGUCAAAAGAUUGAGAAGAUGCUGUUUGGCAAGGAGAUCAAGAAUAUCAUUGCCUGUGAGGGUGUCGACAGAACGAAGAGGCAUGAGAAGCUUGACAAAUGGAUUCCUCGCCUUGAGUUGGCUGGUUUGGGCAAGGUGCCGUUGAGCUACCAUGCCAUGUUGCAGGCAAGGAGAUUGUUGCAGAGUUCUAACUACCACGGGUACAAAAUCAAAGACGAAAAUAGCUGUUUCAUGCUCUGCUGGCAGGAUCAACCACUCUUCUCAGUUUCAGCAUGGAGAUUUAGACAAUAUAGAUGAUCUCAACAUCAAAUGCAGAUAGUGUUUAUCUUUUAUUUUGAUUUCGUUACUUUGUACAAACCAUGUUGAAUCUCCGUUUCCCGUUCUUCCGAAACACAUAAUCUGAUGAGGAUGGAUCGAUAAUAGACCUCAAUAUUUGUACUA